UUUACACCAGAUUUGGAUUUCAUAAUCGUUUAAAAUUCUUCGAAAAUCAAAAAAUUGCAGAAUUUUUCACUCAAUGAUCAUAUUGUCGACAGCGACAUUUUGGGGCGGGCUCUUUAAGGGUGAUGCGGUGGCUCAAUGGUAGAGCUUUCGACUCCAAAUCGAAGGGUUGCAGGUUCGAUUCCUGUCCGUGUCAAUUCCUUUCUUUUUUGCAAAUUUUACAAGAUAUACUAUUUAAAUUAUGAAAAGGAAGUCUUAAAAUUAAUGUAUACUGAACUAAACCCUCUGCUGUAAAGAUUUUUUUCGGUUUGAUUAAGUUGAGGUAAUGAUCUAUCACCAAAAAAAAAUUAAGCAUUUCAAAUUUUGGUUGUAAAAAUUACAUGAAUUCUUUUUUAAGUUCUAUAAGCAAGAUUAUGAAGUUUUGAUAAUAUGGCAAAGAAGGGGAAAUCAUCAAAAUUAUCGACUCCACCGCCACUGGCAGUUCCUGAAAAGAACGACUCCAAAUCGAAGAAAAAGGACAAAUCUUCAUCUACAGAAACUGCAUCCAACGAUGAUCCCAAGAAACCUCAAAGAGGUCUAGUCAUUGGAGAAAAUUUUGGAUGGACAGGUAAAUUACCUGCAACCUUAUUAUAUGAGUUCUGCCAGAAGCAGAAGUGGAUCAAACCAGAGUUUGAGAUGCAGAAACGUGGAAAUAAUGGAUUCAGAUGUAUUGCAGUAAUGAGGUGGGAGAAUCCAAAAGAUAAGAAUAUUGUUCAAUUACGAUAUGUACCGACUUAUGAUCACUGUGCAACUACAAAUGAAGCAAGACAUAUGUCUGCCACUUACACUUUGUACAGAAUCAAUUUCGUCAAGAAUAUGAAGAUGUUGUUUCCAAUUAUUUUCAGAGAUUACUGGGUUCAAUUAGAAGGGGAAAGAACAGCUUUACUCAAAGACAACAAGUAUAAACAUGACUUGAUAUACAACACUAGUCCAUUCACAACUCAUCUAGAUCAAAUUGAAUUGAAUGGAAAGAAAGAAAAGGAAAGAUUAAUCAAAGAACAAAACGAAUUAAAGACCAAAAAACCGACAAUGAUAAUAACAACAGCAAAUAACAAGAGCAAUGGAGCCCAACUAAAGAAACCAUCAUCAACAGAAAAGUUAACACCUACAGUCACAUUUCCAAGGAAAGUUUGGGAAGCAGCACCAUUUAUAGAUUUCCCAACUGACAUUAGAAAUUCCAUAGAAACUUGCAUUAAAAAACAUAUAAAUUGGAUUCUUGAGUCUCCCACAUCAUCGGAAGGAAGAGAUUUACACAAGGACACUCAAAGUUUAUUAAACUUGGGAUUCAGAAAACAACAUAUUGCAGAAUCAUUCAAAUUUACUAAUACGUUUGUGGACUCAUUAGAGUGGUUAUUAUUUCAUAUACCUGAAGAUGAUUUGCCUGCAUUUUUCAGUAAAACCAGCAAAGAUUCACAAGUUCAACUAAAACUAUCUAAAAAUUUACAAUUAGAAUAUAAGUUAAAAAGACUCUUCCAAUCAGGAUUAGAUGAAGAUGAGAUAUUAUCAGUUUUAGAGGAAAAUGACUUCAACGAAUUAGAUACUGCCAUAAAGUUAACUCAAAAUUUGAUUCCUUCAUUACCUACUCCAACAAUACCAGACGAUUUCAAUGUUGAAGAUUCAGAUUUAUUAUGGGAACAAGAAUUGGAAGGAUUAGAAAUGAUGGAUUCUAAUAAAUUUGAAUUUUUAUUAAAAGAUAACAAGGAUAUCGUUACCAUAUCUUUAAAUCCUAAGAACUUAGUUACUAAUAAAGACGAUAAAAAUAUCUUAAGUGUAAGGUUAUUUAAAAGUCAAUAUUAUCCAAACGAGUUACCAGGUAUACAGGUGGUGGUUAAUGAUACCUCAUUUAAAUUAGCCAACUACAUCAAAUUAUCCAUUUUAAAUCAAUUAAUUCAUGAGAUUAUAAAUAAUCAUUGGUUGGGUGAUUGUUUGAUAUUCAACAUAGUGGAAUGGUUGCAAGAUAAUAUAUCCAGAAUUAUAGAUAACCCAGGCUCAUUAGUUGAUGAGACGGAGUUGGAAAAGAUCUCUGCAUCAUCAGAGAACUCAUCUAAUAGUGAUUUAAGCUACAAAAAUAACAAAUCCAAUUCGAAUAGGAAAAUUACCCUUUCAGCAAAGGAUAUAGACACUUUAAAAAGUAAUUAUAUCUCAAAGAAGGAUUCAAAGGGUUUGGCUGAUUCAAUUCAAAAGAGAAGUCAAUUGCCGGCUUGGAACGCUAAAGAUGAAUUAAUUUCAAUGAUUAAUAAAAAUAAGGUGACUAUUGUAACAGGGGAAACAGGUUCAGGUAAAUCAACUCAAAUAGUUCAAUUCAUAUUGGAUGAUUUAAAUGCUAAGGGCAACUUCAAGGGUAAGAUACUUUGUACUCAACCUAGACGUAUUUCUACAAUUGGUUUGGCUGAAAGAAUAUCAGAUGAAAGAAUUGAUAAAGUAGGAAAAGAAACUGGUUAUAUUAUUAGAGGUGAGAACAAAACUGAUAAAUUAACUAGAAUUUCGUUUGUGACUACAGGUGUUUUAUUAAGAAUGUUACAAUCAUUCUUAGCAUCCUCAUCAAAGUCAACUUCAUCUGUGUUUGACAACUUAGAAUAUAUAUUCAUUGAUGAAGUUCAUGAACGUUCAGUUGAUAGUGAUUUCUUAUUAAUCAUAUUGAAGAGAGUCAUGAAUAAAUUCCCAAAUUUAAAAAUAAUCUUGAUGUCUGCUACUGUAAAUAUCAACACUUUCAAUGAUUUCUUUAAGACAAAUUUAAAUCAUAUUCAUAUUAAAGGUAGAACCUUUCCAAUAAAAGAUUAUUACUUGGAUGAGAUUUUACAAGAUCUUGAUUUCAGUAUCACUAGUUAUGAUGGAGAUGUCAUCAAACCAAAAGCCGAUUCUAACUUUUUCAAAUCUGGUAGUAUUAAUUAUAAUCUUAUUGCUGAAUUAUGUUUAAGUAUUGAUGAAAAAUUGACUUCAGAAAAUAAUCAUGGAUCUAUAUUGGUGUUCUUACCAGGUAUAAUGGAAAUUUCACAAUGUAUUCAGGGAUUGAGACAAAUCUUCGAUAAAAACAAUCGUAAUGGAAGAUUUCUACCAUUACAUUCAGCAUUAUCUUCACAAGAUCAGAAAUCUGUGUUUAAAUUCGUUGCAAAGGGAACCAGAAAAAUUGUCGUCUCAACCAAUGUUGCGGAAACCUCUAUUACCAUUCCUGAUUGUGUGGUGGUAGUUGAUAGUGGAAGAUCUAAAAACGUUUUCUAUGAUGCCAAGUUAAAUACUACAAAAUUAGUGGAAAAUUGGUGCUCAAAAGCAGAAAUCAAUCAGAGACGUGGUAGAUCUGGUCGUAUUACAAACGGUAAUUGUUAUCAUUUAUACACUAAAGACGUUGAAAGUUCUUUGUUAGCUCAACCAAUUCCUGAAAUAAGAAGAACAAGACUUGAAAACUUAUAUUUGAUUGUCAAAGCAAUGGGUAUAAAUAAUGUUGAAGAAUUUUUGAAUAAUGGUAUUGAUGCCCCUGAUCAAUCGUCAUUAGUUCAAUCUAAGAAAUUUCUUCAUGAUAUUGGUGCUUUAGAUAAUCUCAGUAAUUUAUCACAUCUUGGAAAAUAUCUUUCAUUCUUACCAACUGAUCUUCAGAGUGGUAAGUUAUUGAUUUUCGGUUGUAUAUUUGGAUGUUUAGAGUUUUGUUUGACAUUAGCCUCGUUAAGUUCAUCAGGAAAUCCAUUUAUAGACAAUAGAGACGAUAGAGAUAAAAUAAAAGCAAUUAGAAAUAAAUUUUCAAACAAUAAUGGUGAUUUUAUUGCUCAAGCAAAUGCAUAUCACGAAUAUGAAAACCUCAGGAAGUCAAAACAAAAUGCUAAAUCAUUCAUCAGCACCAAUUACUUAUCAUACAACACUUUGAAUGAUAUAUCAUCAACAAGAGUUCAAUAUCUUUCAUUUUUAAAAGAUAUGGGAUUCAUUCCAAUAGAUUAUAGUAGCGAUCAUUCCUACUUGAACAGAAACAACAACAACUUUUCAAUUAUAAGGUCUAUUAUUACAGGAUCGUACUAUCCACAAAUUGCCAGAGUUCAGUUACCAGACCCCAAGUUCUUUAAAUCAUCAGUCGGGUCUGUUGCCAUUGAUCCAGAAGCUAAACAGACCAAAUUUUGGAUUAGAAAUGAAGCAUUCGUAGAAAAAAUAGACAAGAAAGAACCAUUAGGAGAACUUUUACCAGCAACUAAAUCAUUAAUAUUUUCAAAUUCAGUAGUGUAUGAUAAUUAUGCUCCUGAUAAUGAAUUAGUUCAAGGGUUAUUAGAUGAAGUGAUUGACGAAGACGGUAAUAUAGAUUCCAAUAAAUACCGUGAAAUGAUAGAUUUAACCCCUAAAGCAUCCAAGUCUUCUAAUCAAUUACUCAAGUCUCCAUUCAUAGUCUAUGGUAAGUCACAAAAGACUUUUGCAAUGUUCAUUGGUGAUAUAACCCCAACAAGUACGCUCGCUACCUUAUUAUUUGGUGGUGAAAUUGAUUAUAACUUAAGCUAUCAUAUAGAAAAAGGUCAAACUUCACCGGGUAUAGUGGUGGAUAAUUGGUUAGCCAUUCGUACUUGGUGUAAAAAUGGGGUCUUAAUUAAAAGAUUAAGAAAGUUAGUUGAUGCAGUGAUAGAAGAUAAGCUUUCAAAUCCUCAUUAUUCAUCUUCAUACUCCAAAGCAAACGAUGAUAUUUUAGCCAUGAUUGAGAAGUUAGUUAGUACAUGAUUUCCUCCAACAAAAACAUUUUUAGUAACCAUUUGCAUUUAUGUAUAUAAUUUUAUAGAAAUACAUCUGUAUAUACCAACAAAGCGUCUUUGGCUUGUGGAAUUUAGUAAGUGUAAAACAAUGUAAGUUGCA